AAUGUCUAUUGAUACAAUUUUUAUACUUUCUCAAAAUGGGUAUACAUCUAUGAUAUACUUAGUGAAAUAUUGGCUCAUAGAAUAUUUAAGGGUCUCAAGCGCAAAGACACCUUACCUGAAUUUUACACUUAAUUUGUGUAAUUCUUCAGAGGGACCAAUGCUGUAAUUUUGUGAUGUUGAGUAUUGUUUAGGAUAAGGAAUAUCCAAUUAUUAGAAUUAAGGAUGCCCUAUACCCAUUUGUUACCUUCUCAGAUAUUAUUAUAGGUGCAAUAGUAACAGAAGAGAUUCCUGUAUUACAAUUAUUUGCAACACUCUUUCUCAUUCUUGAUGUCCUUAAGGCUUCUUUUCCUAAUGAAUCCUCUGAGAAGCUCAAGUAGAAUUUGCAUUCAAUAGGCAUCAUGCUUGAUUCUGUAUUUGAUUAUGGUUAUCCCUAAAUUACAUAAAAGCACGUGCUUGAAAGUAUUGUAAAACCAGGAGGAAUUAUUGAAAAAAUAGAAGAAAAAAUUAUAGGCAGAUAAAAUGUAUAAAAAGAAACUGUGUCCUUAUUGGAGAAAUACAUAGAUGGUCAAGCUGAUAUAAGAGAACAUAGUCAAUAUCGACUUCCUGAGAUUAAGGGAGAAGAAGAAGUUUACUUUGAUGUGAUUGAAUUCUUAGAUUGUGUAUUUGAUAAGAAUGGAAGAAUUUUAAUUGAAGAGAUCAAUGGAGAAAUCAAAGUAGAUUGUAACCUAUCAGGAGUUCCUGAAUUAUUUGUAUUCCUCAAUUAAACCAAUCAAUUUAAUGAUUAUACAGUUCAUGAAUGUUUACUCUAAAAAAUAGAUACUUAUGAAAGAGAAAGAGUCUUAGCAUUUGUUCCACCAUCUGGAACUACAACCAUUUUUUAUUAUAACAUUAAAGGUAUAUCAAUUAGACCUCCUUUUGAAUUCAUUCCAAAACUCUAAUUCAUAAAUAAUUAAGUUAAAAUUGAAUUCCUACUUAAAAAUAGACCAGUUAGAGGUUAAUCAUAUGUAGUAGAUGAAUUUCAUACUAAAUUAACAGUACCAACUGGUUUAACUCUUGGAGAAACAGAAAUGGCUUAGGGAACAUUACAACAAUUAGAAAAUGUAGAUAUUCUAUCAUAUAAUUUAGGCAAUUCUUUGGAGAAUUGGUAAAUUAGAAAUUGAUUCUUCCAUUAGAUUGGCUGUAACCUUUACAUCAACUGAAGAUUAAUUUAAUAUUAUACAAUAGGGUAACUUCUUGGUUCAAUUGAAAUUUGUUGUCAAUACAUUUAGUCCAUCAUAAACUAAAAUUGAUAAAGUUGAAGUUAGAAAUGGAGCUAAAGUGUUGACUAAAAAAGCUAGGAAUAUUGCAAAGAGUGGUUAUUAUGAAAUCAGAUUAAAUUGA